AUGCUCUCACUCCUGGCUGCCUUGUCCUUGCCUCUGGCGUUGGUCAACGCCUACGCAAAGCCCGGUCCCUGCAGCGGCAACUGCUGGGCCCAUGAUCCUGGCCUCUGGCAACGAGAAGACGGCAAAUACUUCUUGUUUUCUACUGGCAACGGUAUCCAUAUCAGCUCUGCAGAUGCCCUUCAAGGACCGUGGACCGAAGUGGGCUAUGCCUUGCCCGAUGGCUCGUCCAUCGACCACGAUGGCAACAAGAACCUCUGGGCUCCCGAUGUACACGUCCAAGACGGCACAUACUACAUGUAUUAUGCUGUCUCUACCCUGGGAUCGCAAAACUCCGUCAUCGGGGUUGCCAGCUCCAAAACAAUGGAGCCUGGCAGCUGGACCGACCAUGGUACCACUGGUCUGAGCUCUGACGGCUCUCAGGGGUACAACACUAUCGACGCCAACUGGAUCCAGAUUGGAGACCAACAAAUUCUUAACUUUGGGUCUUACUGGCAGGGUUUGUUCCAGAUCGACCUGACUGGCCCAUUGAAGAUUGGCAACACAGCCCCGGGCCGGCUUGCCUACAAUGCAACCGGCAAUCAUGCCAUUGAGGCACCCUUCCUCUUCCACCAGAACGACUUCUACUACCUGUUCUUCUCCUCCGGCAAGGCUAAUGGAUACGACACCAAUUUCCCUGCCCAAGGCGAGGAGUAUCGGAUCAAUGUGUGCCGUUCCUCGACCGGCCGAGGUGAUUUCGUCGAUCAAAAUGGAGUGUCCUGCCUCGAAAGUGGGGGCACCACUGUGCUCGCAAGCCACGAUAAUAUCUACGGCCCUGGCGGACAGGGUGUCUUGAACGAUAAGCAGGGACCGGUCCUCUACUAUCACUAUGCGCCUCGGGAUGGGAACCUGGCUGUCGAAAGUUAUCAAUUUGGAUGGAAUCGGCUGAACUGGGUCGAUGGAUGGCCCACCGUAUAA